AUGUUGUUCAGUAACUACAGAGUUAUGUUCAGACUCCAAAACGACCAUAUCAGCAAUGCUUUCAGGGUCCGAGCUACCUUAAUCCAUGCCACAGAGAGUAGGACAUUGUCUCUAACUCAGACGAAUCACCUCUAA